UCUGUCUAACGAUCAGUCGUUUCUCGUGGGCGUGUGAGCUCCUGUUCCUUUCCUCUGCGGUGGUCGUUGCAUUUGUAAGGUGGCGCAUACGAAACACAUCGCAAUGACAGCACCGGCUCCAGGAAAGAGAGUGUUUGUGGUGGGAGUCGGUAUGACCAAGUUUGAAAAGCCUGGGUCCCGUGAAGAUUUUGAUUACCCUAACAUGGCUAAAGAAGCAGGACAGAAGGCACUCGCUGAUGCAGGUAUUCCUUAUUCAGCUGUGGAGCAGGCUUUUGUGGGCUAUGUUUAUGGUGACUCAACUUGUGGUCAGAGGGCAAUUUAUCACAGUUUAGGACUAACCGGCAUUCCUAUUGUGAAUGUGAACAACAACUGUGCCACUGGAUCUACUGCUUUAUUCCUGGCCAGACAACUAAUACAGGGAGGUUUGGCAAACUGUGUCCUGGCUCUUGGAUUUGAAAAGAUGGAAAGAGGAUCCCUUACAUCGAAAUUCACAGACAGGGAGAAUCCAGUGGGCAAGCACUUGGAAGUGAUGAUAAACAAAUACGGCUUAGCAGCAGCACCAAUUACUUCACAGAUGUUUGUAAAUGCUGGAAAAGAACACAUGGAGAAAUAUGGGACAAAACUAGAACACUUCGCAAAAAUUGCAUGGAAGAAUCAUAGUCAUUCAACAAACAAUCCGAAUUCCCAGUUUCAAAAGGAAUACAGUUUAGAAGAAGUGUUACAGUCACGCAAGAUUUUUGAUUUCUUGACUGUUUUACAGUCUUGUCCAACAUCUGAUGGUGCAGCAGCUGCAAUACUGGCUAGUGAAGAAUUUGUGAGGAAUAAUGGAUUACACUCUAAAGCUGUUGAAAUUGUGGCCCAGGAGAUGACUACUGAUUUUCCAAGUUCAUUUGAAGAGAACAGCUGUAUUAAAGCAGCUGGCUAUGAUAUGACAAAAGAGGCUGCCAAAAGAUGUUUUUCCAAAACAGGCCUGAAACCCGAGGAUGUGCAGGUGAUUGAACUUCAUGAUUGUUUCUCAGUUAAUGAGCUAAUCACUUACGAAGCUCUGGGACUUUGUCCUGAAGGGAAGGCUGGUGAGCUGAUUGACAGAGGAGAUAAUACUUAUGGUGGAAAAUGGGUCAUAAAUCCAAGUGGUGGCUUGAUUUCAAAAGGGCAUCCACUGGGUGCUACAGGUCUGGCUCAGUGUGCCGAACUCUGCUGGCAGCUAAGAGGAGAAGCCGGAAAGAGGCAGGUUCCCAGUGCAAAGGUUGCUUUGCAGCAUAACCUAGGCCUUGGUGGUGCUGUAGUUGUGUCCCUGUACAGGAUGGGCUUUCCUGAAGCUGCAAGAAAUCGGCAAAUCCGAGCUAUUCCUACCAGAGCAGCUGUUGAUGGGUUUAAGGCAAAUCUUGUCUUCAAAGAAAUUGAAAAGAAACUUCAAGAGGAAGGAGAACAGUUUGUCAAGAAAAUUGGUGGUGUAUUUGCCUUCAAAGUGAAAGAUGGCCCUGAGGGUAAAGAAGCAAUUUGGAUAGUUGAUGUGAAAAAUGGUAAAGGCAGUGUGGAUAUUAACUCAGAUAAGAAAGCAGACUGCACAAUUACAAUGUCUGAUGCUGAUUUGUUAGCUAUGAUGACCGGCAAGAUGAAUCCACAAACAGCUUUCUUUCAAGGCAAAUUGAAGAUUUCUGGGAAUAUGGGCAUGGCCAUGAAGCUACAGAACCUGCAGCUUCAAGCAGGCAAAGCUAAACUUUGAACCACUGUGAUCUUCAGGAUUUGAUGAAGACUUUAAAAUAGUUUCUUAAAAGCUAGGCAGGAACUAGGCGUUGAAAUUAACAUGGUACAGGUUUUUUGAACACACGUGAACAACUAGUUUUCCUGAAUCAUCUGUUUUAAUGGAGAUUUUGGCACUGCUUCCAUGAAUCAGUCUAAACUAUUGCGAAAUGGUUGGGAUCGCCUAGGACUGUUUAUAAUGGUUAAGAUCAGCAUGAUGUGUCCUGAUUUCAGUACAACUGGAAUAGUUUAAUCAAUUCUAAAACAAGUGAUUGAUCAGUGCAGUCCUUUUUUUUAAUCUUUAAAGUAAAAGAACAUUGAGAAAAGAUAGUGUACCUUGUUUCUCUUAUAUAUUUCCUUAUUUCAUGUUUUGAAACUCUUAUAGCUGUUCAAGAAAAUAUUAUUUACUGAGGCUGAGAUCUAGAGAGUUACUUUUAGGCAACCCUAAGAUUUCAUGUAGCAGAUCAGAAACUAACUACAUCAGAAACUGUUUUUGAAAGUCCCCUCCAUUUCAAAAAUAGUUUCUUACCUUUGCAUGGAUGGAGGUGGUGUGCUGGGGAGAGUUCUCUUGGGCACAUAGAACCAACUAGCUGUGCAAUUCUUUGAAUCCCAACCAUUUUCUUCCUGAAUUAACAGUUAAAUCUGUUCCUUCUGAUCAUAUUGGAAAUAAAUAUCUGUACACUGAAAUUAAAGAACAGAGCAAAGAAAUGAUAUUGCUUAUUCCCUAAAAUUAAGUUUAUAAGAUUAAAGAGUAAUGCUUUUAAAAUUUUAUUGGUUUAAUUAUGCUAUAUAGAGAGUCUGGAAUUUGAUUUAGCUCUAUUCUUAUCUAAUAUGCUUUUAAACUAAUUUCAUGUUAAGAAAAUAUACACUGAUUGGAAAUUUAAUAGUAAAUUAAAAUGAUUCUUCAGUUUGG